CCGGACAAGGCUCGACGACGACGACGCGUACUCACGUAACCCAAUUCAUCAAUCAGCUCCUUUUCACAAUCUCUUCUCCAUUGCUCCUGUCCAGAUACAAGCUCCAUUGCUGCACGACGCUUUGCUCACGACCAUUCACCGUGUUUGCCCACGCUCAUCCUUUCAUCUGGACUGGCACGUUCGGAGGCACCUCCCUGAGACACUUGCCUGGAGUGGGCAUUACGAACACCCAUCGGUAGGCAAGCUUCCAACCCCGAAUAUAUCGACUCCCGUAUCCUGACUGCCGCUGCCGUUAUAGCUCUCCCAACCAAGCCAGCCAUGGGGUUACUACCCAGGAGUCUGCGGACCCAAGAACCAGGGCUUCCGCUCUACCACAAAGUCGAGUCCCCGAGCAAAGAGCACUUUUCUGACGAUGACACCUCCGACUACACAUCUGACGACGAGGAUGAGCCAUACUCGGCGGGAAGCUCUUCCCAGGGCUCCUCCAGAAGCACAUCCGGCUCGGCUUCAACUGGCCUAUUGAGAUUGCCCCGACAGGCUGCUAAGCCUCCACCCAUGAGACGAAUUGCCAACGUAUACCCCUAUCGACUGCCAACAAAGGUCACAAGAUAUCUCGUCUGCUUUGUGGUAGGAUUUAUUGUCAUCAUGAUCCUGAGCUUGGUCCGCGCCAGCCAGGUCGAGAACUGGAAGGUUGCAAAUGGCCAAGUGGAGAGCCGGCCUCCUCCUCCUCCCGUAUGGGAGAAAUUUGAAUUCCUGGAGAGGUACUAUGGCGGCAUUAAGACAUUGGUAAGCCUCGAGGACAACAAACCGGAGUAUCCCUAUGUGCCGGAUGAGGCAUCGCUGCUGGAGGAAGUCGCCGAGGAGAAGGCCGAAGAAAAGGCCGAAGAGAAGGCGAGCAAGGAAGCUGGUGACAAUGUCAACAGUGAGGUACAACAAGAAACCAAGGAGGAGACUAAAGCAGACUCGGCCAAGGAGGAGACUAAAGUAGACUCGGCUAAGGAGGGUGAGGCCGGCAAGAGACAUGUCUCUGUAAGCCUGGGCUGGAACGGAUACACCCGAAGGAACGAGGAGACGGACAUCCAGGAAUGCUUCGUCGAUGCUGAAGGCACCGUCCGUGUUCCGGAGCUACAGUACUACAACGGCCGACCGAAAGGAUUCCCCGAGCAUAUCAUUGGCUCUUACGAGGUCUUGAGUCUGCCCGAGGACAUUUGCUUCGACCGCUUUGGCCGUUACGGCCCCUACGGCUUUGGUUACUCGGAGAGGAACGGCGGAUUGAGCGUUGGCGAGCAUGGAGAGAAGGAAGGCUCCGAAGCCGUCUGGGACAAGACUCCCCGCGUCGAUUACCGACAGGUCAACUGGGCCGACGUCCAGCGCCGUUGCUUCAAGAAGAACGCCAACCGGUACAAUGAGGUUCUACGCAAGACGGCUACUCCCCAUGGCUUUUACAUCCAGGAGUCUCAGAAACCCACGGAGUCCGUCAAGGCGCGUGAUGUCAAGGAGAAGGACGCCGAAAAGCCGGCCAAGACGACCACAACGAACGCCAAGUCUAACAGCACCGACACUCCCACAGAGAAGGAGAAGACAGUCACCGGGAAGAAGUCGAGAACUGCUGUGGUUGUGCGAUGCUGGGACGAGUAUCUCUGGCGCGAAGAUGAUGUUGCAAACAUUCGUUCCAUGAUCACGGAGCUGGCCCUGGGCUCAGGUGGUCGCUAUGAUAUCCACCUGCUGGUCCAGGUCAAGAAUGAUGCUGACCAUCCUAUCUGGGCCGACGAGGAAGUCUACCGACAGCGCGUCGAAGAUGUUAUCCCCCAGGAAUUUCGCGGUAUCGUCACCCUCUGGACCGAGACGCAGAUGCUGUCACUAUAUCAGGGCAUCUAUGACCUCUUUAGCCGUGGCCCCGAGCUUCCCGUCCACGGCGUCUACCGCGGCCUGUCGAUGGCGAUGCAAUACUUUGCCUACAUGCACCCUGAGUACGAGCACUUCUGGCAGUGGGAGAUGGACGUCCGCUACACCGGCCACUACUACGACCUGUUCACCAAGCUCGAGAACUUCGCCAAGGAACAGCCACGAAAGGGGCUGUGGGACCGCAACGCCCGCUUCUACUUCCCGACUGUCCACGGCACCUGGGACGACUUCUCGCAGAUGUCCCGCGUACAGAGUGAGAUGGGCGUUGUUGGAGCCGACGAUGUCUGGAAGAACGUGCCCGGUAUGGACGACAAGACGCCUGCCAAGUCAAAGGGGAACGCAAAGGUCAUUUGGGGCCCUGUUCGCCCUCAGGACGAUGACGACUGGUUCGAGCCCGGCAACGAUCCUGUUGUCCCUAUUGCCUAUGAGAAGGACCACUACCAAUGGGGCGUCGGCGAAGAGGCCGAUUACAUCUCGCUCAACCCCAUCUUCGACCCGGACGGCACGACCUGGGGCCUCAAGGACGACAUCACGGGCUUCAACCGCACCGAGGGCCCGCCUCCACGCCGCGCCAACAUCAUCACCACGUCCCGCAUGUCACGACGACUGCUCCUGACAAUGCACAGGAUGACGGCGCUCAAGAAGCAGUUUGCCUUCCCUGAGAUGUGGCCAGCGACUGUGGCGCUGCAGCACGGCUACAAAGCCGUCUACGCGCCGCACCCCGUCUACGUCGACCGCAAGUGGCCUGUCGGGUACAUGGCGCAGAUGUUCAACAACGGCCGUGACGGUGCCAGCGGUGGUUCCCGCACCAGCAUCUUUGGCGACCGCGAGCACAACAUGCACGGCCUGUCGUGGUUCUACAACUCGGGCUUCGCGCCUAAUCUGUACCGCCGCUGGCUCGGACUCAAGGUGAACAAUGACGGCGGUGACGAGUUCGAGACCACCGAAGACAAGAGCCGCAAGGGCAAGGGCGUCAACAACAUGCGUGGUGGCGAAGGUCGCAUGUGUCUCCCGCCUAUGCUACUUCAUCCCAUCAAGGAUGUAGAGCUGCCCGUCGAGGUGCCAGAGACGCCAAAGGAGGGCAAGAGCAAGGCUCCCGAGUCGGACCCCAAUGCCUAGAUGCCUGAUGGAGCUGUGUUUAUAAUUGUUCUAGACUACGGAAGCUUUGGGAGGCGUUUGGAGUAGGAUUUGGCCUUGGGAUAUCACUCUAUUCUAACGGCAUUCAUGUUGUUCUGUUUCUAAUGGAUGGGAUGCCACUAGAUGAUAAUGAUCCGUAUCAUGUGCAAAAGCCCUGUUUUGGGCGUUGGAUAUGAAUUUUACAUGACAUUGUUCCCGA